CAAUCCCUGCCGACCGAUCAAGCCUUUACAACCAAUGAAGGAUCUAUCCUUGUUUCUCCUCAAGAAUUCUCUGGGAGCCAAGAUGAAGAAGGGUAUCAGAACUUUUUGCAACGGUGAUGACUCAACCUCUACCCUCAAUCAGCACAAUAAAGCCAACCAUGGCGACUCCUCCAACAUCAACAUGGUCACCCAUGGCCAGCCCCCUGUUGGCUCCCCUUACAAUUUGCACAAUAUUAAUGCUAAUUCAGAACAAAGCCCAACGCUGGAGGAGAUGAUAUUGCAGUUGGAAUUAGAAGAGGAGAUUGCCAGAAAAGCAAAGCUUAAUGACUGCAACCGAAUACACGGUAGGAUGUCAUGUGUCAACAACUCUGACAUCUUAAGGUCUGCUAGGAAUGCAUUGAACCACUACCCUCGCUUUUCUCUAGAUGGAAAGGAUGCCAUGUACCGGUCUUCGUUCAGAAACCUGGCUAGUAUUAACGAAAAGGCAGGCAGAAAAUCAAUCCGCUGUGACCACGGAGUAAGAGGGAGAUUCUCGGAAACUGAAUUCGAUUCCAACUUCAAUAAAACUUGGUCGUUGCCUCAAACUAUAGCUGGAGAGAGUGUGGUGUGGUGCAAACCCGGAGUGGUUGCAAAGUUGAUGGGUCUAGAGGCCAUGCCAGUGCCGUUGAGUAGCAGAGAUGGUAAAGAAAAGUUGAGCUCUAUCAUAAAGAGGCAGAAUCUCAGGAGGAGAGCCGAAAGACACGAAAUAGAGAGAAGACUUGCCAUGGAUAUUAACGGUUGUGAUGGGACGAAGAGAGGAAGGAUGGCUUCCUGUUCAAGGACUGGAUACUGUGUUAUGAAGCCGGCUGCAGUGGAACCAGCGAGUGUUGCAGCAGUUUGGCCAGCGAGGCGCUUUCUCUAGAUUCCUGCGACACAAUCAAAUUGGUACUCAUGAUCAUAGUUACAUAUAUAUGCAGAGGAAGAUCGAGUUGCAUGUACUUAAAAUGUACGUCCAACAAAUACGUACUGUUGUUUUGCAUAGAUAUUGUUCGGAUCGAAUUGAUCGAAGCUAUGUCAAAUUAAUUAUUGUAAUAAUCCCUUUUUACACAAUGCAUGCUAUAACCUUAAUUAUCUUUAA